GCAAUCCCAUUGGCCGAAGCCUCUGAGCCAAUCAUUUUGCUGCAUAUACCGAGGCAGUCUUGAGUGCUCCGUGACAUUCAUAGUUGUCUUUGACAACUGUGUAAAUAGUCCAAAAUGAAUGUUUUACGGUCGACUUUUUCCCGGUUGAGUGGACUUACACCAGUGAACAGCAUUGCUGCAUCAAACCCCACAGCAGCUGGCAGCUCUCACCUUAGAUCACUGAGCAACUGGGUUUUAUCCAGAACAGCUGUAGGACCUCAGAUUUCCAGAUGUGGACCACUUCCGUUGCAAGCUGAGGGUUCAGGAGUUUACCAGCAGCUUCCCUGGGAAUACCAGCAGGUACGGACACGGAAAAGAGGCACUGAGUACCAGCCCAAGAACAUCAAACGCAAGAGGACCCAUGGCUGGAUCAAGAGGAUCAGCACACAAGGUGGCAUUGAGGUGAUUCUGCGCCGGAUGCUGAAGGGACGAAAGUCACUCACACACUGAAGGUUUCCAUCGGGGAAAAAAACUUUCUGUUCAACCUGUAAAACUUCAGAGGAAAGAAAAGCUGAACUGUGAGGCUGUUGAACACUGUAGGUGUUCAGCGGCCUGUGAAGAACUUGUGUAUUAUACUGAUUGGUGAUACCGGGUGUGGAGUUGGGGUUGGCUUUACAAAUGCAACGAUACUGGGUGUGAGAAUGGAAAUUGGCCUUCUGAAACCAAAUAAUGCCUUAAGUGAAAAGAGGCCUGUCGGUUUCAGUCAGUCAUUCAUGAGGCCAGUUUUACAUGUGCAGAAUAUAAACUGGCCUAAAUGUGAUUGUGUUCUUAACCAUUACAUGUCAGAAUUCAUUGCAUGUGUGAAAUUAUUUGGUUGAAGAACAAAUUCAGUCUGCAAUAAACUGAUCUUGCAAAAUUGU